CCAAGAAGGACCUGAUAGGAAACUGAAGUAGAUCAAGUCUAAUAGGAAAGCUUAUGCUGCAAGGUCUUUGGCUCAGUUAAAGUCUUAAAGGUGGUAGGGGAAGACUUGGUGGGUUUGGAUCAAAAUAGCCCCCAAAUUCCCCUGGGCAGCAAAGCCAGCCAGAAGAGGAGAAACCCAUCUUCCCACUUCUCACGGCUGGAUAAGAAACCCUUGACUGUCUCUCCACGGGAAGUCUAACUUAGGAAAAGGUGGUCUCCAGAACUCGGAGACUACUCUGCGUUGGAAACAAGGUGCUUAGAGACUGGAACGAUUCAAGGCACAACGCCAAAGCCUCCCCAGGUUUGGAAAUGGAAGACCAGGACAGGGUUGGCUUCAAACUCUGGGAUGAGAUGCAAGAGGAAGGGAAGAGGGACCCACACAUGAUCCAUGCAGGAAGCCUUGGGACCUUCCAACGUCCGAUUAAACAGGAACCAGAAGAAGGGCUGCAGCAACACUGGGAAACCCAGUGGCAGGAUUUCCUAAAAAGUGAUUCUGGUUUGCAGCUCCAUACAGUAUCAGAGGAGGAAAUGAAGGAUUUCCAACCCUCCUUCUCCUCGCAAGGAUUUGUUGGUUCCACUCCGUGGUCGAGAGGAAGGUGGGUAACCCAGGCCCUGCCAGGCCUUGGCGGAGAAAGCCCCAAAUCCUACCGAAAUUUGGACCCCUUGACAACAGUGAAGGAUGAAGCUGAGAACGAGGAAGCAAAGCGUCAGUGCUUCCGUCAGUUCUACUACCAAGAGACUGGAGGGCCCCGAGAAGUUUGCGACAAGCUUCGGGAACUUUGCCACCAGUGGCUGAAGCCAAAGAGACGCACAAAGGAGCAGAUCCUGGAGUUACUGAUCCUGGAGCAGUUCCUCAUCAUCCUGCCUCUAGAAAUGCAGAGUUGGGUGCGGAACUGUGGCCCUGAGAAUUGCAGUCAGGCAGUGGCUCUAGCAGAGGACUUCCUCAUGGGGCAGCAGGAGGAGAAAAGAUGCAAACAGCAGGUACCAGCAGUACCUGUUGCAGAGGUGGCUGUGAAUCCCUCCGAAGCAGAUCAGGUCCCGUCAGACAUGUGGGACAGGCAUCCCUGCAGAACAGCCAAGCAGGAUCAGAACAAGAAGGGGAACUCCCUAGCAGAUGGGGAAUUGAGAGAUAAUAUUCGUCUUCAGGAAAGCCUUAAUCAGGUGGAGUCGCACGACGCAUCCCUGAGAAUUGGCUUAGUUUUCCAACACUGUGAAGAGGGAACUGUGCCUUUCUGUCAGCAGGACACAGUGAAGAACCCAGGGAAAGGUUCAGAAAAUAAGACGGCUGAAACCGUAGCUUGCUGGGAAGGUGACUUCCAUGGGAAAGAAGACAACGUCCAAGGAGAGACUGUUCAGGAUCACAUGGAAUUAAAGAAACACGUUGGCAGAGAAGGGAGUUUGAUAGGAGGUGGAAGCCUUCUUAAGCACCAGCCCCGCAGAGAUGAAAAGCUCUUGGGAUCUUUGGACUGCAGGAAGGUCUUCCUUCCGAGACUCCUCCAACUUGAGCAAAACCACACGGAGGACAGGAGGUUCAAGUGCUCUGAGUGCGGGAAGAGCUUCAAUCAGAAACGGUACCUGACAGGGCACAAGCGCAUCCACAAAGGGGAGACGCCAUACAAAUGCUCUGACUGUGGGAGAAGCUUCAACCGCAAGUGGAACCUCAUCGCGCACAAGAGAAUCCAUUCAGGGGAGAACCCUUACAAAUGCUCAGACUGCGGGAAGACGUUCAGCCAAAAGGGGAACCUUAUGACCCACACACGGAUCCACACGGGGGAGAAGCCCUACAAGUGUGUCGAGUGCGGGAAGCGGUUCAGCCAGAGAGCGGGCCUCACCUCUCACAAGAAAAGCCACAUCGAAAUCAACCCCGUGGGGAAGGCAGCUGUGGGUUAUCUGAUUUUCUUAAACCUGAGUGAAUCAGCACAAGAGGGGAGCAUAAGAGCAUUAGAGGGGAGCCCUCUAGAAGCUUAACAAAUGGACAGUAUCUUCCCGCAAUGUUCAGACCAUUCCUCUGUCAGAAAAAUGAACUGCAUAGGAGAAAAACUCUUAAAAUCUUGGACCAUAAUAGAAACAGGGUAUGUUGCAAAGUUGGCAAAAUGGACAUAAAUGCCAUGACUGAUUAUCAUCUUGAAUGCAGGCUCUUUCUUAUUGUUUAAUAAAUGGUUAGAGACUUUGGCAGUUUGACACAGCAUUAACUACCAUGGCUCCAUCCUAUAAAAUCCUGGGAUUUGUAAUUUGCUGUGGCUCCAGAGCUCUCUGACAGAGGAGGCUACAAAUCUCACAAAGUUACAAAUGAAGAAUUCCAUAGCAUUGAACAAUGGCAGUUAAAACGAUGUCAAACGGCAUUUUUUCUGCAGUGCAGAUUGGAUUCUUGUCUGUGCAAAUUUACUUCUGAACCAUGCUACCUUAGACUGGGAAGGGGGUUAAUUUACACAGUUUUUAAAGAAAAGAUCACUGUAUUAAAAGAAAGAAAUAAUUAUCUUAACAUGGACAGUUCAAUGUCAAGGAGAAGCAUUCGAUCUUAGUACAGCUUAAUACAGUUGGCCCUCUGUAUCCACUGAUUUUUUUAUCCACAGAAUCAAGCAUCCACGGCUUGAAAAUAUUC